AUGUCGCUAUCGAUAUGCACCGAAUGCCUCUCGCGGCUGCGAAUCUCGUCCACGACCCCCAAAGGUCUCGCCGUUCAGGCAUCAACGCUGACCCAAACAACAUCCUUCCACAGCUCUGCCGCGCAAUAUAAAUCCCCUCUGCUGAAGAAGAAAGUCGCCCAAUCUGGUACCGCAUCCUCCAGAUCCCGUCAAUCUCAAUCUGCACGCCUAAAGAAGAAAUCCCGCGAGCGCCCCAAGCUUCCUCCUGUGGGCGAACGCCGAGCUCAACGCCAUCGCAUCGUUCUCUCAAACACCAAUGCCUUACCAGUGUCGGACAUGGAGACCUGGAGCAAGGAGAACAUGGUUGACGAGCAGUCCGUUGGAAAGAUGAUGGCACUUGACGGUGAACUGUUGGAUCAACUGAGAGACUCAGGGGCCUUUAAGACGACGCAGAAUUGGGGUCUGUUUCGGAGACCGGCAACUUUGAUUAGAGAGGAGACACAUCAGAUCGCGAGGGAUAUCGCGAAUGUGAAGCAGGGAGGGGAGAAGAAGCAGUUCGUCAAGCAUUUAGUCAUUGGUGAGAGGGCCAGUGGGAAGAGUGUGCUCGUGUUGCAGGCCAUGAGUAUGGCCUACAUGGAUAACUGGAUCGUCCUGAAUGUCCCAGAAGCCCAAGCUUUCGUCAACAAUACGUCUUCAUACACCCCUCUUAGACACGGUGAAGACGAGUCCGAACACGUGUACAUCCAACCACACCUGACCCAACUCCUCCUUACCCGUAUUGCCACCUCCAACGAAUCUGUCCUGAAGUCCUUGAGACUCAACCACACUCAUCCCAAAGCACUCUCUCUGAAGAAUACUUCCACAUUGCUGGAGCUCGUGCAGAAAGGCGCCGGCGACCACCACCUCUCCUGGCAGGCAUGGCAAGCCUUUUACAAGGAACUUACCGAGCCGGGCCAAAACGGUCGCCCACCGGUGCUUGUUGCUGCCGACGGCAUUGACCACUGGAUGGGUCCCACUGCAUACCGCGACAGCGAGCAUAAAAUCCUUCAUUCGCAUCAAUUUAUGCUGGUGAAGCAAUUUAUCAAUCUCCUGUUCUCGGGCGACACAUCGAAUGCGUCGCCAUUUGUCAAUGGCGGCAUGGUCCUCUACAGCACAUCGGGCUCCAACACUCCGAAUUACCCAACCUUCAACCUCGUCCUCUCUCAAAUGCGCGCUCUCCAACUACACUCUAUCUCACCCACGCACCCGAAUUUCCCCUUGCCGAAGCCAUACAGUAAACCCGAUCCUAGGAUCCUCGCUCUUUCCGCACCAGUCACUCGCGGCGAUUUGAAUCUGUUGGAUUUGAGGGGAUUGAGUAAAUCAGAGUCACGGGGUUAUUUGGAAUAUUUCGCAAAGAGCGGGCUUUUACAUAAACGCGUCACGGAUGGGUUGGUGAGUGAGAUGAGGGGACUGAGCGGAGGCGGAGUCGUGGGCGAGCUGGCAAAAUUGGGUAGACGCGUGAUUGCUUGA